AUGGGAGAUAAAAGAAUAAAUCACUAUCGUAGUUCUCACGAGAUUUUGUUAGUGGGAGAAGGAGAUUUCUCAUUCUCACUAUGUUUGGCUAGGGCAUUUGGCACAGCCAUAAACAUGGUUGCUACCUCUCUAGAUUCUAGAGCAUCUUUAAGGAAGAAAUAUGGAAGUGCAUUGAAGAACUUGAAAGAACUUAAAGAUCUUGGAUGUACCAUUGUGCAUGGAGUUGAUGUGCACACAAUGUUGGAACACCCACUUCUCGAAGAUCUUUAUUUUGAUCGUAUAGUUUUUAAUUUUCCUCAUGCUGGUUUCACUUAUCGUGAAAGUGAUGACCGUCAAAUUAAGCUACAUAGGGAUUUAGUGCGUGGAUUUUUGUGCAAUGCUAAAUUCAUGCUUAAAAAAGGAGCAGAAAUUCACAUUACUCACAAGACAGCACACCCUUUCAGUAAAUGGAAUAUCAAAGGGUUGGCUAAACGUCAGAGUUUGUUGUUGGUGGAAGAAGAUGAGUUUUAUCUGCAUCUUUACCCUGGUUACAGUAACAAGAAAGGAGAUGGACGUAACAGUGAUGAAAGUUUCCCCAUUGGAGAGUGCAGCACGUUCAUGUUCAUGAGUUAUUUUGAUCGUCCAUUACAAAAUCAUGCUAUUGAAAAGACUUUUUGGUAUGACUUGCCAGUAUGA